UAUCAUAUUCUUGUUUGGUUCCAAAAUCAUAGGGUUUGUAAGUAUAGCACAAUAUGUCGAUAGAGGAAGUUCCCGUGAUAGACAUUAGCUCCCAAACCUUGACCGAAUCGACUGCAUCUUCUCUAUCCAGAGCGUGCACUGAAUUGGGAUUUUUCUUCAUAAAAAAUCAUGGCAUUUCGAAGGAGUUUUACCAGAAACUCAUUUCCGGCAUCGACCAGCUUUUUUCUUCUCCCGAGGAGACCAAGCAAAAGCUGAAACAAGGAGUUUCCUCAUACACCCCGAGAUUUGUGGUGUCGCCUUUUUUGGAGAGCUUCAAGCUUUCAGGACCCAAGUUUUCAGCCUCUGCUGUUGCGCACGGUUUCACUCAAUCCCAAUUCGGCCACCAAGCUACUGAAUUUAGCAAUCUUCUAGACGAAUAUGGAAGCAAAAUGACAGAAGUAUCGAAAAAAGUAGUGAAGCUGUUACUGAAGAUCUUGGGGGAUAAUAUUGAAAAUAAAUUCUAUGAUCCCGAAUUCAGCAACUGCACUAGCUACCUAAGAAUAAACAGCUACACUCCUCUAGGCAUGAAUGACGAAGAAGAAGUCGAAGUGUUCAAGAAGCACACCGACCUCAGCUACGCGACGAUAGUGUUCCCAAAUGACAUGAGGGGGCUACAAAUGAGAUCGAAAGGAGGCGACUGGAUUAAUGUAAGGCCGAGCGAGGACGGUAAUCUUGUGGUGAACAUUGGAGAUUAUAUGGAGGCUUGGAGUAAUGGAAGGCUGAGAUCUGCCUUACAUAGAGUUGUUUUAAGGAAAAAUAUUACGAAGAGAUUCUCUAUCGCUUUCUUAUCGACACCGGAAGAUGAAUCUAGAGAAAUAUAUGCACCGAGUGAGGUCGUUGGAGAAGGGAAAUCCAGACUUUACCGCUCGUUUUCAAUCCAACAAUAUAAGCAUUUUAGGGAAAACAAUUACAAGAAAGUUGGAGCCACCAUUAAGGAUUUUGUUGGAAUAUGAUGUCGUUGGAUUAUCUCUGUCCGAUUCGACUCCAACAAAUAAACAUUAAAAAUAUUAAAUUAUCGAUAUUUGGGUCGUAAAUAACUAUCUUAUGAUGUACUGGAAUAUAUACUGAAAUUGAUUUGUGAUG